AUGGCAACAAGUGUCGCCGCAGGCAGCGGCCUACACUUUAAAGACACAAUUUACAGGGGACAGGGCUGCCGGUGGGCUUAUAUGGUUCGCAGUAUAGCAGUCUCGAACUGCAUGCAAAAAGAGAUCUCGUGGACUCAUGGCGUCUCUAAAAGCUUACACAUCAACAAGAAUAAAUAUUUGCACUAUCAAUCUAAGGGAAAUCGUAAGCAAAUAAGAGCUUCAAGCUUGAGAGAUGAUUAUAGCAAAUAUUUUGACUUUGCUGUGAUCGGAAGUGGGGUGGCUGGCCUCCGUUAUGCCCUUGAGGUUGCAAAACACGGAACUGUUGCAGUCAUAACAAAGGCGGAGCCCCAUGAGAGCAACACCAACUAUGCGCAAGGUGGCGUGAGUGCCGUUUUCUGCCCAUCAGACUCCGUCGAGAGUCACGUGCUGGACACAAUGGUCGCGGGUGCUUAUUUAUGUGAUGAGGAGACCGUUCGAAUUGUGUGCACUGAAGGACCCGAGAGAAUAAGGGAAUUGAUUGUAAUGGGGGCUUCAUUUGAUCAUGGGGAGGAUGGGAAUCUGCACCUGGCGAGGGAAGGGGGACACUCUCAUCGAAGGAUUGUACACGCGGCUGAUAUGACUGGCCGAGAAAUAGAGAGGGCACUGUUGGAGGCAGUCAGGAAGGAUCCUAAUAUUUUCGUCUUUGAGCACCAUUUUGCAAUAGAUUUGCUGACUUCACAGGUUGGUUCUGAUACAGUUUGUCAUGGUGUUGACACUUUGAAUACAGAGACAAAUGAGGUCGUGAGAUUCAUCUCAAAGGUAACCUUACUUGCAUCAGGAGGGGCUGGGCAUAUCUACCCGAGCACUACAAAUCCUCCGGUUGCCACUGGGGAUGGGAUGGCUAUGGCGCACCGAGCCGAAGCUGUAAUAUCUAAUAUGGAGUUCGUUCAGUUCCACCCGACUGCUUUAGCCGACGAGGGACUCCCUAUCAAGCCAGCAAAGGCUCGAGAGAAUGCCUUUCUGAUAACCGAAGCCGUAAGAGGAGAUGGAGGCCUCCUAUUCAACUUAAACAAUGAGAGGUUCAUGCCUAUAUACGACGAGCGAGCCGAGCUCGCCCCACGGGACAUUGUGGCCCGCAGCAUAGACGAUCAGCUCAAAAAACGCAACGAGAAAUACGUUCUCCUCGACAUAAGCCACAAACCGAAAGACCAAAUCCUAUCCCACUUCCCAAACAUAGCUGCCGAGUGCCUUCGGCACGGGCUCGACAUUACUCGCCAGCCCAUCCCAGUUGUCCCUGCGGCCCACUACAUGUGUGGUGGGGUUCGGGCCGGGCUCCAGGGAGAAACGAACGUCAAGGGACUCUACGUGGCCGGCGAGGUGGCAUGCACGGGCCUCCACGGUGCAAACCGUCUCGCGAGCAAUUCCCUUCUUGAGGCCCUUGUGUUCGCUCGGCGGGCUGUUGGGCCGUCGAUCGAGCAUGCGAGGAGUUCGCGGGCCGAGUACAGGGCUGCUUCCCAUUGGUGGGCCCGGCCUGUUAUGCCAAAAUCGCUUGGGGAAACUAUAUUGAGCAAGAUUGUUUGCUGGACGAGGGAGGUCAGGAAGGAUCUUCAGAAGGUGAUGUGGGAUUAUGUGGGGAUUGUUCGGUCGACUGCUAGGCUUGAGAUGGCUGAGAAAAAGAUUGGGGAUUUGGAGUUGGAAUGGGAGAGUUAUUUGUUUCAGCAAGGGUGGGAGCCGACAAUGGUCGGGCUUGAGGCUUGCGAGAUGAGGAAUUUGUUCUGCUGCGCGAAAUUGGUGGUGAGCAGUGCACUCGCGAGGCACGAGAGCCGUGGGCUUCACUAUAUGGUCGACUUUCCUCAUGUGGAGGAGAGUAUGAGAUUGCCGACAGUGAUUUUUCCUCGUUCUCCGGGGAACAGUUCGUGGAGUUCGAGGCAGCUGCACAGGCAGCAGAUGUGUUAA